AUGCCUCACCAACAUAAACGACAGAAAAAUGGCACGGUACUUGCUACCAAUGCUGACCAGCCAGCAGCAGGACCAUCUAAACCAUCGCCUCGACUUUUCGCCCCUUUUCGAGCGUUGGGUCAUGUAACAGAUCAUGUACCGUAUGCGAUGUUUGUUCAUACCCCACAAGGAGCACUAGCUACUCCAACAGUCAAUAUCACGACUUCUGUGGGGCGAAGUUGGUUAAUGUGGGAUGCUGCUAGGAUGACUCUGGUUUUUGCUGGACCCGAUGCCGGUGCACAAAUUAACGCUCUCACAAUGACCGGGACAGAAAUUUUCGCUAGUGCUGGUACAAGGGUAAUCAAAUAUCAUCGAGGGAAGGAGACUGGAUCUUAUCUAUCUCCUGAUGAAUCCAAUUUAGGCAAGAUGUUGAUCUUCGGUGAUGAAUUAUUGAUAUUGAAGGAAGAUGGAACUGGGAUGUUCAUCUAUGAUCUUCCUACUAGACAAUUGAAAAAUCAGCUCACUUUCCACUCAUCAUUCACUGCGACCCAUCUCAUGCAUCCCUCUACAUAUUUGAACAAAGUUUUGAUAGGGAGUCAACAAGGAGAAUUACAAUUAUGGAACGUCAGAACUUGUUCUUUAAUUCACACAUUCGCUCAUCCGACACCCGCAUCAUCCUCCCCAAUAACGGCUAUUGUCCAAUCUCCUGCAAUCGACGUUAUCGGUGUGGGAUAUUUAGACGGUAGAGUCAGAGUCCUGGAUAUCCGUCAAGGUGAUUUGGUGAUGCAGAUGAAAAUUGAGGAUGGUGCAGUGGCUGCUUUAACUUUCCGAAUGGACGGACCACCUAUUCUUGCUACUGCUUCUUCAACCGGAUCACUGGUCACUUGGGAUCUUAGUAAAGGUGGACGAGUCCUGCAUGUCGUACGGGGGGCACAUGAUCAAAGUGUAACGGGUCUACAAUGGGUGGCCGGUCAACCGUUGUUGAUUUCAUCAAGUGCUGAUAACAGUGUCAAACAAUGGCUUUGCGACUCUCCUACUGGCAUGCCUCGACUACUCAAAUUCCGUGGAGGCCAUCACGCUCCUCCCACAUGUAUCAGAUACUACGGUGAAGACGGCAAGCAAAUCUUGACAGCUGGGAGAGAUCGAUCUUUGCGGUAUACAAGUGUUGUAAGAGAUUCAAGGAGUUUCGAGUUAUCCCAAGGUUCUUUGAUUAAGAAAGCUAUCGGUUUGGGAGUCACUGUCGAUCAUCUGAAAUACCCUCAAAUAACUGCUAUCUCUAGUUCUUCCAUUAGAUCGAAAGAUUGGGAGGACGUAGUUACAGCCCAUGCGGAUGACGCGAUUGCAAGGACAUGGAGGGUUCAAGAGAAAAGAUUGGGUCCUUGGACGUUUGAGAUGGAAAACGGUGUUGCGCAGGCUGUAAGCGUGACUGCUUGUGGUAAUUUCUCGCUUGUCGGAUCAUCAACGGGUGAAAUAAGGAUGUACAACAUGCAAUCAGGAAAAGAGAGACGAUCUUUCUCACUCUCAGGUCCUGCACCUGGCACUAGUAAACCCAGUAUUAUCGCCCAGAGUAAGACUGCAAAAGCCAAAGCUGCCCAGUUGAAGGCUACAGAAGGUAUGAAGAAGAGUCUAGAAGCUAUCACAGGUUUAGUCAGUGAUGCUUUGAACCGAGUAGUAGUCGCCAGUACGCUAGAAGGAAAAUUAUACUUUUUCGAUUUCCACACUACUCAACUCACUCACGCUGUCCAACUGUCCACCUCUAUAACUUCCAUGUCCCUCAACCGAGAUUCUGGUUUAAUUUCCUUGACAUGUGACGACCUCGUUGUGAGACUGCUUGACAUAGAGACUAGACGUAUUGUCAGAGAGUUGAGGGGUUUCAAGGGUCGAAUCUUGGACACAGUUUUCUCUCCUGACUCCAGAUGGCUCAUUGCUACAUCGCUCGAUUCCACAAUCAGAACUUUCGAUAUCCCCACCGGCCGUCUGGUGGAUGCCUUCAAAACUACGUCAAUCGCGACCAGUCUCACAUUCUCUCCUACUGGGGACUUCUUGGCUACAGCACACGUGGAUAGUGUCGGUAUACAUCUCUGGGCAAAUAAGGCUCAGUUCUCUGACAUAGCUUUGCGACAUAUUCCAGAAGAGGAGGAUGUUCCAGAAGUCGACCUACCUUCCGUUCAAGGACUGGAGGAAGAUGCAGCUAUUGAGGGUGUUGAACCUAUCGGAGCUCCUGAAUUUACCAAUAUCUACACCACACCUGAACAACUUACCGAAGGGUUAUUGACCUUGUCAUUAAUGCCGAGAUCAAGAUGGCAGACUUUGUUGAACCUUGAGACUAUCAAGCAACGUAAUAAACCCAAAGAACCACCUAAAGCUCCCGAAGCGGCUCCAUUUUUCUUGCCCACAGUAUCAGGUCUUGAAACUCGAUUUGACUUUUCAGCGACUCAGGAUAAGAAUGAAGACGAAGGUAAGAAUGGACAAAGAUUGGAAUUGUCAAGUGGAUGGUUGGAAAGCGAAUUUACAAAGAGGUUAAGUAAGGAAGAUGAAGACGGUGACUAUAAUUCAUUCUUCGAAUACCUGAAAUCACUUCCACCUUCAACACUAGAUAUGGAAAUUCGAUCUCUGAUUUCCCUCGACCAUUUAGCAUCAUUCCUGAAUGCUUUAAUAGGUAGAUUGCAAUCACAUAAAGAUUUCGAAGCUGUUCAGGCUAUAAUGUCUGUUUUCUUGAGUGUUCAUGGAGAUAUCCUCAUAUCAAAUGAAGAACUGAAGUCAAAGCUGGAGGAAUUGAGACAAGAACAAAAGAGGGAGAGCUCAAGACUGAGGGAAUUAGUAGGAUACGCUUUAGGUACUUUAGGCUUCUUAAGAGGGACGUAG